AUGGCAGGAGGUUCAAUUAAUUACAACCUUCAUUUUGUGCUUUUUCCUUAUUAUGAAUCAGGCCAUAUGCUACCAAUGGUGGAUAUUGCUCGUAUAUUAGCCCAACGUGGUGCGACGGUCACCAUAGUCACCACUCCAGCGGGCGCAAAUCGCUUGAAACCAACCAUUAACCGGGCCACAAUUGAAGCAAAACAUAAGAUCCAGCUGCUUGAGCUUGCACUCCCUUUAGCCGAAUUUGGUUUACCUGAAGGGUUUGAAGACUCUAAAUUAAUAUCCCACAAAACAGCCGAGCAACAGCUAACUUUAUAUCGUGCCAUGGAAUCGUUACAAAAACCGGCCGAAGAUUUGCUUCGGGAUCAACUGGCUACACCUCCGGAUUGUAUAAUCGCAGACUUUUUUUUUCCGUGGGCUACAGAGGUGGCUCGAAAGUUUGAGGUUCCACGCUUAGUGGUCCACGGUCAGGGAUGCUUCUCUCUAGUGUGCCUGGAUGUUAUCGCCGUAAACAAAAUUAGGCAAGGUACUGAGUCUGAAACCGAGAAGAUGGUGUUGCCGGGAUUGCCUGAUCGAGUUGAAGUUACUAAACUUAAGAUACGCGGUCGUUCCUCCACCUUAUCUAAAGUUGACUUCGGAAUGUUUACUUAUGCUUGUAUGCAAGCUGAAAGAGCUGCAUUUGGUACUUUGGUUAACAGCUUCAAGGAAGUGGAACCCGAGUACGCCAAGAAAUUGCAAAAGCGGAGAGGUUCUACUACACAAGUUUAUUGUGUUGGACCGGUUUCGUUAUACAACAACAACAAAGAUGAUGAUAGAGGAAGCAAAGCUGCCAUCGACGAUCAUUACUGCUUGCAAUGGCUCAAUCAAAGGGAAGCAGAGUCUGUGUUGUACGUUAGCUUUGGAAGCGUUGUACCCGUUUCUACAAAACAAUCAAUUGAGCUGGGGCUAGGACUUGAGGCCACCAACAAACCAUUCAUAUGGUGCGUAAGAACCAAAUCCAAACAACUCGAGGAAUGGUUUUCGGAAUCAAGGUUCGAAGAAAGGGUGAGAGGCAGAGGGUUGAUCAUACAUGGUUGGGCCCCACAGUUGUUGAUACUCUCCCACCCAUCCGUCGGGGGUUUCUUAACUCAUUGUGGAUGGAACUCAUUGGUAGAAGCCAUAUGUGCCGGAGUCCCAAUAGUGACAUGGCCAAUUAAAUGGGACCAGUUUUAUAAUGAAAUAUACAUGGUACAGAUUCUCAAGAUCGGAGUAAGCGUAGGUGUCGAGGAAGCUCUCUACUCAGAUGAUUUUGAAGAUAUGGAGCCGUUGGUGAACAGGGACAGCAUCAAGACCGCUGUUAACCGCUUACUAGACGAAGAACAUGGAAUCGUAAAAGAAUGCAGGCAAAGGGUGCGAAAGCUUGCGCAAAUGGCUAAGGGGGCAAUGGCCCAAGGAGGAUCUUCUUAUCUCAGUGUAUCCAAGUUGUUUCAAGAUGUCUCAGAUUUCCGUCGUCGUCGUCGUCGAGCGCAAGAAAACAAGCAGGGAGAGUGA